GCGGCGGCCGCUACAUGCAGUACUUCGCUGCCAUCUCAGCGUCGCUGAGCGUGGCCAUGCAAGGGGCGUUCCUGGGCUGGCCGGCGCCGACGCUGCCGAAGCUGGAGGCAGCCGACUCGCCGGUGCCGAUCAGUCUGGAGCAGGCCUCGUGGCUGGCGUCGAUCAACUCGCUGACGACGCUCAUCGCCGUGCCGCUGGUGGCCCUCACCAUAGACCGGCUGGGCCGCAAGUGGCUGCUGCUAAUCGCCGCCGCGCCGUUCGCCGUCUUCUGGCUGAUGGUCGCCUUCGUCUCCUCCUUCGAGAUGCUCCUGGCCGCCCGCAUCAUCGGCAGCAUCGGCUCCGGCAUAGCGCUCUCGGUGCCGCACCUGUACGUGUCCGAGGUGGCACAGACCCACAUCCGGGGCGCGCUGGCCGCGCUCUUCAUGAUCAUGAUGAACAGCGGGAACCUGUACAUCAUGUGCACCGGGCCCUUCCUCUCGGUGACGGGCGCCUCCUACGCGGGGCUGGCGCUGCCGGCUCUCUUCGUGCUGACCUUCGUGUGGGUGCCCGAAUCUCCGUACUUCCUGCUGCUGCGCAAGAAAGAGGCUGACGCGAAGGACACGCUGGCCCGGCUGCGCGCGAACACGGAUCUGGAGGCGGAGCUGCGAGAAAUGCACAAAGCCAUACAGCAGAAGCGGCAGACGCAGGGUUCUUUCAGAGAUAUUGUCUUCAACGCCGUCCACCGGCGGACGCUGCUGCUGGUGGUGGGUCUGACGGUGCUGUACCUGGGAACCGGGUCUCAGGCGCUGGUGGCGUUCUCCACAAAGAUCUUCAUCCGCAGCGGCAGCUCCAUCGACUCGGACGUGAGCUCCAUCAUCGUGGCGGCGGUGCAGCUGGUCGCCAGCGUGUCGGCGUCGGCGCUGGUGGACCGGGCGGGCCGCCGGCCGCUCCUCAUAUGCGGCUUCGUCGGCUGCGCCGUCUCCAUGGCGGCCCUCGGCGUCUACUUCUUCCUCGCCGACGCCCAGCACAUGGACAUGUCUGCCCUCUACUGGCUGCCGCUCACCGGCCUAAUAGCUUUCCAGGCGUCAUAUGCCCUGGGUCUCGGGGCAGCCUUCUUCGUCGUCGUCGGGGAGAUAUUCCACGUGUCGGUGAAGGGUGUGGCUUCCUCGGUGGUGACUGCGGCGCUGGGCGUGGUGGGCUUCGCAACCAAGAUGUCGUUCGAGCCGGUGUCCGCAGCGCUCGGCACCCACUGGGUCUUCUGGGGGUUCGCCGUUAUCUCCCUGGGCGGAGCUCUCUACGUCUUCCUGCUCAUCCCAGAGACCAAGGGGCAGACCUUCAGCGAGAUAAAUGAACUCAUGGAAAGCAGCGUCCCUACGGAAGUCGUGAACGAGAAAACCAAAGGUCAUCAUACAACCCCUUAAACGAGAUAAGGAGCAAUCAAGUACGGAGUGUAGCAGUCUAUUCGCUCCCAUCUGUUGGAGGCUGUUAACAUAUAAACAUACUUUCAGAAAAAAAAUUAGUACACCCUUUUAGAGGUUUCCAGUUCACUCAAUAUUAGUUAUUGCAACAGUCCAUAUGGAGUACAUGAAAUGAUUA